AUGGUUGAAUGUGCAAUUAAUUUUGUUGUUUUUCUGUUUAGUUGUUCUGUUUGUGUUAAAGUUAAAGAAAAAUUAAAAAAUUCCAAAUCACAAUUUUUUGAUGAAGAGAAACUUCGAUGGUUGACAGUCAAAGGGAAAUUCAUGUGUGUAAAUGUUGCUACUAUGUCUUGUAAAUGUGGAAUGUCAAGAGAAGGAAUCUCACCUUGUGCUCACAGAGGAGAUGGAUGUGUAGAUGUUGUUGUUGUAUCACGUUGCUCACGUUUUAAUUAUAUACGUUAUCUUUUUCGCACUUCCUUUCACAAUCAAAGCCCUUUUGAUCUCAAUUUUGUGCAACUUUAUCGUGUACGUGAAUUUCGUUUUAGUCCUUAUGUCUCAGAAGGUGAUAGGACACCUGCUGCAACUUGUACAGGAGUACAAGACAGUCAGCGUCGUCUGGUAACUAGUAUGUGGAACUGUGAUGGAGAAGUUAUAACAGAGCCAAUGAUUCAUGUUAGGGUUCAUUGCCAAUUAAUCAGUCUGUUUUCUCGAGGAAUUGAAGACAGAGAAAUUGAAAAUUCUUGCACACAUUGUAUAGGAUUUUGUAAGAAGAAACAAGGUUGAUUUCAAUAACUUAGAAAUAGCACAUUUCUUCAUUGGCCAAAAAGUGCCACAUACCAUUAUGCACCAACAGUCCUUUAUAUCAGAAAAACAAAGUGAGAUGUUUAAGUUUUGUUUCAUUUUAUUACUUCCAUUAUUUUUAAUCAUUCCAAAAAUCUUUGCAUGAUCAUAAUCAUAUAAAUAAAAGAGAUUUAAGUAUUAUGUAACAUUUUAGUAAAAUGUCUAUUCUGAGAAUGGAAAUUCUUGAAUAGAGAAUUUGUAUUUUAAAAUGUUAAUAUUGGAAAUGAGCUGGAUCUCAUAAAAAGAAUUAUGUACUUUGAUUACAUAAUAUAUGGUAUUAAUUUAUGGUUCAAUAAGAAAUGAAAGCAUUUUUUCAAGAUAAAGUGAACAAAACUCUUUCUAGAAAUUGUGUAUGAUAGAUCUGAAAGUUUCUUUGACAAAUAUGUUCAAAUUCAUAAAAUUAAUAUAUGAAAUAUUUAAACUUAUUUCAAUUUUUAUGAAAUAUUUGUAUAUGUACUAUUAUUAUAUAUCAAAAUAAUGGAAG